AUGGCCCCAUUUAUGGAUGCCUUAACGGAUACGUCCGAGGUGAAUGGGCAGUCUUCGUGGGCAGAUAGCUCAAUGGGCGCAGCGGAGCCGAUCGCCAUUUGCGGGAUGGCUCUGAGACUCCCGGGAGGCAUCGCGACUCCAGAACAAUUCUGGGAUUUCCUCAUCAACAAGAAGGAUGCCCGUGGACCAGUUCCAGAGUCACGGUUCAACGCUUUCAGCUACUACUCUGAGUCUGGCAAGCCGGGUCAUAUGAAGACCCAGUAUGGGUACUUCCUAGACGAAUCUGUUGAUCUGGCUGCACUAGAUACAACGUUCUUCCGGAUGCCUAAGACAGAGGUCGAGCGAGCCGAUCCUCAGCAACGGCUUCUUCUUGAACUCACGCGAGAGUGCUUGGAGAGCGCUGGUGAGACGAACUAUCGAGGCAAGACGGUCGGCACCUUCGUCGGCUGCUUCGGCGAGGACUGGCUCGAGACCCUCACCAAAGACACCGAGGUUGUCGGCCAGUACAAGAUCACUGGCUAUGGUGACUUCAUGCUCUCGAACCGUCUUAGCUAUGAGUACGAUCUUAAGGGACCCAGCAUGACAAUCAGGACUGGUUGUUCUUCGGCUCUCAUUGGCCUACACGAAGCAUGCAUGUCUAUCAAUAAUGGUCAGUGCAACGCUGCUAUUGUUGCCGGAUCGAACCUCAUCAUGGCUCCGGGUCUCUUCGUGAGCAUGUCUGAGCAAGGAGUGCUUUCUCCGAAUGGAUCUUGUCGGACCUUCGAUGCUGGAGCUGACGGGUACGCCCGUGGCGAGGCCGUUAACGUCGUAUAUGUGAAACGGCUCAGCGAUGCUAUUCGUGACGGAAACCCGAUCCGCGCUGUGAUCCGAGGAACCUCAAGCAACGCCGAUGGAAAGACGCCCAGUCUGACUAUUCCGAGCUUCGAGAGCCAUGAGGCUAUGAUCAGACGAGCGUAUGCUAUGGCGACUAUUGACGAUUCCGACAUCCCUAACACCGGCUUCGUGGAAUGCCACGGCACAGGCACAGCUGCAGGUGAUCCAAUUGAGACAACAGCAAUUUCGAAGGUUUUUGGUACUUCCGGGAUCUACAUCGGAUCUUGCAAACCAAACAUUGGUCACUCCGAGGGAGCAUCCGGGAUCACCUCGUUGAUCAAAUCCAUCAUGGCCCUCGAGAAGCGGACUAUCCCGCCAAACAUCAAGUUUGAUACUCCAAACCCCAAGAUUCCAUUCGACAGGAAUGGCCUCAAAGUACCUGUUGUUCCUACGCCUUGGCCCGAGGACCGUAUUGAGCGGGUCUCUGUUAACUCUUUCGGAAUUGGUGGCGCAAACGCCCAUGUGGUUAUUGAAUCUGCCGCGAGUUUCCUCGGACUGACGUCAUUGCCGCCCAACAUCGAGACGACAACUAUACCGAGACGACAAGCAUACUUGAUGGUGUUUUCAGCCAAUACCGCAGAUUCUCUCAGACGCCAAGUCGUCAACAACCAGAAGUACAUCAGCCAACACGAUGACUCCCUUGAUGAUAUUGCGUACACCUUAUCGUCGAGGCGCAUUCAUCUAUCUCAUCGAGCAUUUUCUGUAUUGGAGAAUGGAGCUGAGAAAUUCACAUCACCAUUUUCCAAGACGUCUCCGUCCUCAACCGAUCUUGUGCUCGUGUUUACUGGACAAGGUGCACAAUGGCCUCGUAUGGGUGCAGAACUCUUGCAGAGCAACAAAACUUUCACCCAGUCCAUGCGACAGAUGGACAAGGUCUUGAGCGCUCUACCUGAUAGUCCGUCCUGGACCCUGGUCGAUGAGCUCCUGAAGCCUACAGAAAUCAGCAACUUGCACAAGGCCUACCUCUCCCAGCCUGUCUGCACUGCCGUCCAAGUCGCACUGGUGGACGCACUGUAUGAGGCAGCCGGAAUCCAAGCUUUUGCAGUGGUCGGCCAUUCAUCAGGAGAAAUGGCGGCAGCUUACGCCGCUGGAAGACUCACUGCUAACGAGGCGAUCAUUGCAGCGUACUACCGGGGUAUUGCGUCUUCGGAAGUUACCAAAGUCGGCGCGAUGGCUGCUGUCGGGAUGGGUCGAGCCAAGACGGCCCCUUUCCUGAUCCCUGGUGUUGUCAUCGCGUGCGAGAACUCUCCCUCAAGCGUGACGAUCUCUGGAGACGCAGAACGGGUUGAAAACGUUCUUUCCGAGAUUCGAGCCGCCCACCCCGAGGUUCUGGCACGACUUUUGAAGGUCGAGAAGGCGUAUCACUCUCAUCACAUGCAAGAAGUAGGCGAGCGAUACCUGUCGUUAACCUCUCCCUACAUGAGUAAUCACAUCAAAGCGGAAGACUCUGAGCCACUGUUUUUCUCCUCGGUCACCGGCAUGCGAUUGCCAGAGGACGAAGCGACUGACGCCAAUUACUGGAGAUCGAACCUUGAGUCUCCUGUCUUGUUUGAUGCAGCUGUGACGAGCUUAGUCUCGGAGCAUCAGAGCAAAAGCAGUGGUAAGCUCAUGUUCCUUGAGAUUGGUCCUCAUUCAGCCAUGGCCGGCCCCUUGCGACAAAUUUUGACCAAAGUAUCUCUCGAGCUUUCGUAUGCAACCUGUCUUGUCCGGUCAUUGGACUCAACAGAAAGCCUUUUGACAGCUCUGGGCCAGCUGUGGCAGCAAGGCGUGAGCGUUGACUUCAAUCGCCUCACGAAUCCGAACGGCGAUGCCCGUGUAGUCACUGACUUGCCGACCUAUCCUUGGCAACACGACCACUCUCUGCUGUUCUCAAGUCGCAUCUCCGAUGAAUGGAGAUUCCGGAAGUACCCCAAGCACGAAUUACUUGGUGUCCGGAUUCCCGAAAGCAGCCAUAGUGAGCCGGUCUUCCGCAACGUUUUCACUCUGAAUUAUGUUCCGUGGGUGCGAGACCACAACAUCAAGGGGGACGUUAUCUUCCCAUGUGCCGGCUACGUCGGCAUGGCUGGAGAAGCGGCAAGACAGCUUCAUCACGGAACUUUCGCUGGAUUUGCGAUGCGCAACGUUGUCAUUGACAUGGCAAUGGUGCUUGCCGACAGUAAAUCCACGGAAAUCAUCACAAGUUUGAAGAAGGAGAGGUUGACGGAUAGUCUGGACGGCUCGUGGUGGGAGUUUACAAUUACUUCUCAUAACGGCUCGAGUUGGUUGAAACACUGCAGUGGUCAAGUUAAGGCUUUGGAAGAGGCUGACGGGCGGACACGAGGGCCCCCCACGAAGCUUUCCAGGGUAAUUGGGCCAGGAAAGUGGUAUCAAGCCCUUCGAAAUGUGGGCGCCAAUUAUGGCCCGUAUUUUCAAGGGCUUCACCAUGUCACCUGCUCCCCUACCAACCACAGGUCUCAUGGCACGGCAAUGCAUACAGUUAAGGAUGAGACAUUCUAUCCCGUUCAUCCAACGAAGAUCGACUUCUUUCUGCAGCUUUUCAGCGUUGCUGCGGUGAAUGGAGUUGGCCAUAGUCUGGACAAGAUGAACGUGCCGACCUUCAUUGAGUCCCUCGAGAUCUUCAACACCGACUCCGAGAUCAAUAUGGAAGUUAGUGCAAACCAGACACCUCGGGGGCUUAUCUGUGGAGGAGGCCACGGCGUAAGCUCGGACGGCGGGCUAGUCCUCUCUCUCAAGGGGGUGAAGCUGAGCCCGUUAGAAAAUGACGCCAGCGAAGAAGAUCCUGAUCCGCACGCAGGCGCGCGAAUCUUCUGGCAGCCUGAUGUCGACUUCUUGAAAAUAUCAGAUCUUAUAGAGGCCCACCCCAACCAGGGAAACCUCGCGAGAACACAACAGCUCGCCCUGAACUACAUUGAGGGAGCGCUGAGCCGGCUCGGGAACGUUCAAACGACGAUCCCGCAUCUGGCAAGGUUUCACAGUUGGAUGAAGAAGCAACCACCACCUCAGACAUCAAUCGACAUGGAAGUCUUCAAGCCUACCGUGUCUGAAUUUGAGCCAUUUGGAUCCUUUGUGGUGGCAAUGCAGAAGGUUUUCGACAAUAUCGUCGCCAUUUUUCGAGGAGAGACCGAGCCAUUGGAAAUUCUGAUGCCUGACAACGUUCUCACGAAUGUGUACAACUCCCUGAACAUCACGAAUAGAGUGCCACUGUUUCAAGCUUUGGGCCAUUCGAAACCGAAUCUUCGUGUCCUUGAAAUCGGUGCAGGCACCGGCGGCACAACGAACAAGGUGUUGGAAUGGUUGCGCGGUCCGACUGGCGCUUUGCUAUACUCGGAGUACACCUACACGGACAUCUCGGCAGGAUUCUUCUCCGCGGCCCAGGAGCGCUUCAAGGAGUACCCCAACAUGACUUUCAAAUCCUUGGAUAUUUCCAAAGACCCCGUCGACCAGGGGUUUGAGCCAGCAUCGUACGACCUGAUUCUCGCUGCCAAUGUCCUCCAUGCAACUCCCAGCUUGAGAGAAACCCUCAUGAACGUUCGCAAGCUGUUGCAACCUGAAGGCAGGCUUUACAUGGAAGAACUAUCACAUGACGCACUUCCCAUGAAUUUCGUCAUGUCCGUUCUCCCGGGAUGGUGGUUAGGGGCAGACGACGGACGACCUGAUCAACCACAUGUCUUAUCCGAUAGAUGGGAUAUGGAGCUACGGGAUUCCGGGUUUGAUGGUUUGGAAAAUGUUGCCUUCGACUCCGAACGACCGAACAAUUUGCUUGCUUUCAUGACUGCAAGACCAGCAGCGGCUCUAACCCCGCAGACUGCUGUCGGGAUCCUACACGACUCUUGUUCAGCUGUCAUUGCAGCAGAUCUGAAACGUGAGCUUGCUCGGCUGAAUCUGGAGGGAAAUCUUCACGACAUUGCGGAUGGGUUGCCUGUCAACUGCCACGAGAUCAUUGCCACUCUUGAUAUGGAGGCCCCCUUUUUCGAGAACAUCAGCGCGCCGGCACUGAGAAGCUUCCAGGACCUCAUCGCAGCCGCUUCAAAGUCCCACACUGGAAUCUUCUGGCUGACUCGAUCAUCUCAACUGAGAUGUUCAGACCCGAGGUGGGCCCAGACCAUUGGAACUACUCGCUCUAUCAGGAGUGAGCUCAGCCUCGACUUGGCAACAUGCGAGGUUGAUGGCGUAAGCUCUUUGUCGACGAUCGCAAAAGUCUUUGCCAAGUUCCAGCGGCACCGAAAUAACUCCAAAUACCAGCCCGAGUAUGAGUAUAGCAUCCACAACGAUGUUGUACAAAUUCCGAGGGUCUAUCCUAUCAACGUCAGCGAGGAGCUACAACUUAUGUCUCAGGAAAAGGGCGGCAAGGGCGACAAGGACGACGAGGGCCCUGAUAAGCCUGAUAUCAAUGACCGCAGUGAUUGUGACCUGCUGAUUGGAAAGUAUGGUCGCCUGAGUACACUCUCCUGGGUUCCGCGGUACAAGAGAGAACUUGUUGACGACGAGAUCAUCAUAGACGCAAAGGCUGCUGGCAUGAACUUCAAGGAUGUCCUCAUUGCUAUGGGUAUCGUUGACUCAGCCAACAGCCGCAUGGGUCUUGAAGCAGCUGGCGUCGUCCGUGAGAUUGGGCCGAAUGUCCGCGCCCUUGCGCCCGGUGACAGAGUCUUUGUUUUUGGCGGCGGUUGCUUCUCGACUGGUAUCACGAUCUCGGAGAAACUCUGCGUAAAAAUCCCAGAUUCUCUUAGUUUUGAGGACGCAGCCACAAUGCCGUGCGUUUACUCGACCGUCAUCCAUGGACUCCUUGAGGUCGGCCGCCUUGAAGCCGGUGAUUCAGUCCUUAUUCAUUCAGCCUGCGGUGGGGUUGGCCUAGCUGCUAUACAAAUCUGCAGUAUGGCUGGAGCAAAAGUAUUCUGCACUGUCGGUAGCGAAGAAAAGGCUGAGUAUCUUAUGUCUACAUUUGGGAUGCCCAGAGAUCACAUCUUCCAGUCACGCGACGCAUCGUUCCUCCCAGAUAUCCUCGAAGCAACGGGCGGAAGGGGAGUUGAUAUAAUUCUCAACUCACUAAGCGGCGAGCUUCUACAUGCGUCUUGGAGAUGCGUCGCCGAGUUUGGCAGAAUGAUAGAAAUCGGCAAACGUGACUUCAUCGGUAACGGGAAACUCGCUUUGAAUCCUUUCGAGAUGAAUCGAAGCUAUCAUGGCGUGGAUUUGGGACAUUUGAUCGAGUUGAAGCCCGAAAGAGGCAAUAGGCUACUAAAGAAGAUUGUUGAACUUUACGAAACGGGUCAUGUCACCGCUCUGCGUCCUAUAAGGACAUUUGACGCUGACGCUGCUCAAGAAUGCUUUCGUCAUAUGCAAAAGGGGCAGCAUAUCGGGAAGAUUGUGUUGAAGAUGGACAGAUUGUCCGCAAUCCAGACCGCGGGUUGUAGCCCUUCGUUCCAAUCGAGCUUUGAUGGCCACUCAGCUUAUCUCAUCGUGGGAGGUCUUGGCGGUCUCGGUCGACUCGUAUCAAAUUGGAUGGUCGAGCACGGUGCCAGGCACUUUGUCUAUCUUUCUCGGCAAGGUGGCGACACGGAGGAGAACCAAAACUUCUUCAAAGAGCUGGAAGAUCAAGGUUGCGUGAUAUCAGCAGUGAAGGGCAGCAUCACAAGCCUUGCUGAUGUCGAAAAAGCCAUCGUGACUUCCCAGAAGCCGAUUAGAGGUGUCAUCAACAUGUCCAUGAUCUUGCGAGACCAGGGCUUCACCAAGAUGACUCACGAGGAGUGGACCACCGCAGUUGACCCCAAGGUUCUGGGAACAUGGAAUCUGCACAAUGCCUGUGUCAGUUCUGGACUUGAACUGGACUUCUUUCUCCUCUUCAGCUCGAUUUCUGGCAUUGUUGGACAGAAGGGCCAAGCCAAUUACGCAGGGGCCAAUACCUUUCUCGAUGCUUUUGUUCAGUACAGACACAGCCUUGGCAUGUCUGCUGCUUCUAUUGACGUUGGAGCAAUGAUAGAUUACGGGUACCUCGCAGAGAACCCUGUGAUGAUGGAGAAGCUCACAGCCCAAGGCAUGUAUGGGGUGAAUAUUCCACAGCUGCUUGACGCAGUUUCAGUCCUGGUCAAUCAGCCAAUCCCUCAACUCAGCAAAAUCCCUACAAGGACCUUCUUCAACCCAUCGCAGCUUAUACUAGGCCAUCGAAGCCUCACCUCUCUCUUGGAUCCAUCGAACAGAGUGAUCUGGAAGGAAGAUAGCCGCAUGGCUGUUUACUACAACUCCGAUGGUGCGAGGAGGGUAACAGAAGUCAACACGGUCAAUUCCAGUGCCCUCCAGAAGUUUCUCACUUCCACGUUGACAGAUCCCCUACUUCUUUCAUCCCCUGAAGCCCCUGUCUUCUUGGCGAGACAAAUCGGCGGACAGCUUUUCCGACUUCUACUGAAGCCUGCAGAGAACGACGACGAAAUUGAUGCGAAAAUGUCUCUUCAAGAUGCUGGAUUAGAUAGUCUCGUUGCGGUGGAGAUGCGCAGCUGGUGGAAGGGAGUAUUCGGAUUUGAUAUUAGUGUGCUUGAAAUUCUUGGCAUGGGAAGCUUGCUAGCCUUGGGUGAGAGAGCAGCCAAGGGUCUCAAGGAGAGUCAGAUUGAUGCAAGUCAGGAGACUGAGAGUGGGGAGAAGCAUAGCACUGAAGAUUACUUGAGGCUCAAGAUGCCUUAA